CUGCAGAAAGCUCAGCUUGUGAACUCUCGCGGUGCUUUGGGUGCUCGCGCUCCUCCAAGAGGACACAACAAGAAAAAGCGGCUGGAAGCACAGACAGGUUCAGCUGACGCGGCGCUGGGAGCUAGUGGACACAGAGCGAGCGCGCUCCUGCAAUGCACCAGCACCACAAUAAGUCUGAUGCUACCACAGACUCCGUGCAUCUAUCGCCAUGGUGAGACAGAGAGGGAGAGAGAGAGCGCUCCUGGACCUUGACUCUGUUGCCAUGGUGACCCUGUAGCAAGCAACAGUCACCAUGGGAACGUCCAGGAUGUUCCGCAUUUUUGUAGUCCUGGGCUCGGCCUUUAUGAUCCUUCUGAUCAUCAUCUACUGGGACGAUGUCGGUGCCUCCCAUUUCUAUUUGCACACUCCUGUCUCCCCGGGCCCCAAAGUCCCGCACCCCGUUCCCCAGAAGAGGCCACAGACCUCUCGAGCCCCGUCCUUCCUGUCGGACAUCGAUGCCUUUGUUAACCAGUUCUUAGAGCCGGGAACUGGUGAGCCCACUGACGCUGCCCCGGCUGACACAAGCAACCAGUCGGAGAAAGCGGAGGAAAGAUAUAUACCGCGGCGGGAGUGGAAGAUUCACCUGACCCCACUGGCUCCAGAGCUCCGUGACAGACAGGAGCAGAGGCGGAGGUUGCUUCAGGAGAUGUGCGCCAAUGACAGCGUCUUAUUUCAUGGCAAAAACCGUUCAUUUGACGACAUUCCCAACAAGGAGCUGGAUCAUCUAAUUGUGGAUGACAGGCAUGGUAUUAUCUACUGCUAUGUUCCCAAGGUAGCGUGCAGUAACUGGAAGCGCAUCAUGAUAAUUCUUAGUGAGAGCCUGCUGCAGGAGGGCGUUCCUCAGAGAGACCCCCUGGCCAUCCCCAGGGACCUGGUCCACAACAGCAGCAUGCACUUCACCUUCAAUAAGUUCUGGAAACGUUAUGGCAAGUUUGCAAGGCACCUCAUGAAGGUGAAGCUGAAGAAGUACACCAAGUUCCUCUUUGUGCGCGACCCUUUUGUCCGUCUCAUUUCUGCCUACCGGAAUAAGUUUGAGCUGCCCAAUGAGGACUUCUACCGCCGCUUUGCGCAGGUCAUGCUGCGCCGUUACGCCAACCAGCCGACGCCUCCUGCUUCUGUGGAUGAAGCCUUUUCUUUGGGUAUCCAUCCCUCUUUCUCCCACUUCAUCCAGUAUCUCCUGGACCCUCAGACAGAGAAGGACAUGCCCUUCAAUGAGCACUGGCGGCAAGUGUAUCGACUUUGUCACCCAUGUCAAAUUCAGUAUGACUUUGUGGGACACUUGGAGACGGCAGAGGAGGACGCUGAGCACUUGCUACGACUGCUGCGGGUAGACAACGUGGUGGAGUUUCCCACCUCCAGCAGGAACCUUACAGCCAGCAGCUGGGAGUCGGACUGGUUCAGCACAGUUCCGGUAGAGGCACGCAGGGAACUGUACAAGCUGUACGAACCUGACUUCAGGCUGUUUGGAUACGAGAAACCAGACUCCCUCCUCAAUGAGUGACUCGUGAUUCUACUGAGCUGACGGAGCCACGGAGACAAGAUGUGUUUUGAUUUUAUUUGUUUGUUUGGUUUUUUUAAAAUUAAAUGCUGACCCCAACCACAGUGACACAUCCCUCCUUGUUCUGGGUUGUGCAGAUGUUUUCUCCAGUGUUGUUUAUGCUAAACUCAACGUGAAAAUGAUUCAAGACACUCAACCUUCUGAGGAAGCACACUGAGUCGAAGCCAUUAUCAGUUAUGUUAAGCACAGAGGUUAGACAUGAACAAACGGAUGAAGUGUGUUCAGUGUAGUCCUUAAAGAGGACCUAUUGUGUUCUCUCCUUAUUUUCUUUCAUAUAUGUGCUGUUACAUUGGUGGAUGCUGAUAUGAAACAUGGCCAAAGUUUCAAACCCUUUUCAAGCCCUAAUGUUAAAUUUCAAACUGUGUUUUUUUUUUUUUUUCUUUUUCUUUUUUCUACACUUGAAUCUGAAUGACAUCAGUGGGAGCAGCUAUUCCUAAUGUUGGUUAUCUCAUAGCCAGCUACUCCACCCCUCUGUUGCUUGAACCUCCUGUCUACAAAGGGGAAAACCAAUCAGAAGAAGAAAGCUGACAGGUGAACGGAGGUGAACAGCAGAUGAACUGAGGCUCUUCACCGAGGCCCAGUUUUUUGUUUUUUUUAAAACUCUGAAUCGUGCGUAGUUGUGGCAGUAACAUGUCCCUUUUAAUUCAAAACUCCAUGCUGCGUGUGCUGCAGUCUCAUCUUUGAUGUCCCCUUCAUGCCUGCCAUUUGUGGUCACAGUUGUGUUGUGACUAACUGUGAUGAUCAGAGAGGCUUCUGUAGUGCGACGUUUGAAAGAUCCCACCUCUGCGCGGGCACGGAAACCAUGCUCGUUGUGAUGCUAGCACGGCUGCAGCAGUUUUGGAAAUUUUGGCCUGUUUAAAAAAAAAAGAAAGUCUGUUGCUUGAUUAGUUUUAAUUGUAGUUCCUUUAAUUGUAGGUUGGCUAAUUUAUUUCACAUUGUAAAAGUGCAACGUUUAUAUUAGCCAUGAAAGGGAUUUUUCUGUUAAAUGCAUACUAAUGACAGUUCAGUUAUACCUCAUACACGGACUUGAAGAAUAUGUUCAUGUUGCUAACUCUUAAAGAGAAAACCCUGCUGCUUUUUCACACCUGGAACAUUUGCACAACCCAUUAAAUGAUGCCAACAGAAUUUAUUCUGACAACAUUUUAGCUGCUUGCUUUAUUUUAGCAGUUUCAAAGCAUGAUGUAGCCUCAUCGUACAGAAGCACAGCAGCUCCAGUAGGCAGCACAGCAGGCAGAUUAGUGGGAUUUGUCUCAGCUUGUCUUUUAAAAUAUAAAUCCCCGGCGUGAGGAUUUUUUUUUUUUUUUUUGGGUCUUCAUAGCUGUAGUUGUUCAAAUGUGCCUCUGUGUAUUUAAACAGUUUGUAAAGGGAACAUUUUCGUUUGUUUCAUGUUGUUGCCAUCAACACUUGCUUGGUGUUUCCAUGCACAGUGUGCAGUUUUUAACACUGAAUUAUGCUGGGUAACCCUGAAGACUGCAACAGUGCCAUAAAAGGCUGAUGGGGUUGAGGGGGGUAACCGGGGGGGUGUGGACACCCAACUUUGUCAACAUGAUUGUGAACACGAGGCAACUUAGGAAUUUCAAAUUGAUACCAUAGGUGAUAACUGACCUCUUCUAAGGUCAGAGGUCAAGUUUUCUGAAAAUCUUGUGAAUGUGAUAACUGAAGAAGGAUAGGUGCAUCUAAUAGGAGGCUGAGGGGUAGCAUUGAUAGGCAGUAAUUUAUUUACAUUUUUUUAAAUCUAAGGGCAGAAUUUUCAUGGGAUGCAUUGUUUUUGUAGCAAAUGAGCUGAGCACAUUAUAUAAAGCCAGCAAAACACAGUUUUCAGUUGUGCAAUGCUACUGCACUGCUAUGAGAUGCAUCGAGUUGGUUUGAUGAUAACAUCAAAGUACAACUGUAACGUGUAAUGAGGCUAUACUCGGCGCUAGCUGAAAGGUGAAGGCGUGAACACGGUUGGAGUUGGAGCUUUGCAGCAUGAGGCUGGGUUAAUUUUAAGGGGGGGAAAAGUGCAAAGAGAAGACAGUGCCUUUGGUUGCAAAAGUUUACACAGCAAAAAAAAAAAAGUAUUUUUGUAGGACUUAAUUUUUACUUAAAUCCAAAUACAGUAAGAGCUGUAUGAAGCCACAGCAAAGUAUGCUCGACGUACUGGCCUGUGUUUCUCGUGUGCAAUCAUUAUUUGGGGGAAAAAAGGAAACACAGGAGCCCUUUAGGAGAACUGUAAAUGUCUUUAUGUGUGAAUUUGUAUGAAUUUGUUUCUCCAGUGUGCCUGUGUUUGGUUCAGACUGUAUGUGAGGUCAUGCUCUGUCCGACAUUAUUCUGCACGUUCUUAUGUGUGUGUGCACUCACAAACAAAUACAUACACACUGAGUCAGUGUCAUUUCAAUGCUUUUUGGUUUGUUUUGUGCAACUGUGGGGUGUUGUGUUACUGUAAAAAAACAAAAUAAUUAAAAAUCUAAUGUCAUCUCAACAUCAUUGUUCUAAAAAAAAAGCCGGUUUGUAUGAAGAUAAUGGGGAAAAAAAAAACUGCAUUUCCACCUUACUCGUUUGUUUUUGUAAAUCAGUCAUCUUUAAAAAAAACAAAACAAACAAACUUCUGUUUGGUCCUUUUCUAUGUGAGUGUCCACAUUCAUUCUGUUAACAAUGAUAUUUUUCAUUUCUGUGAAAGUGCAAAGAAUUGACUUUAUUUAUUGGCAGAAAUAAAAAUCAUGAAUAAAUGGGA